CCACAACGGCAAGACAAUAGUUAUGAACGACUGCAUCAUCCGCGGUGACCUGGCAAACGUACGGGUUGGACGACACUGCGUGGUGAAAAGCCGCAGUGUCAUCAGACCGCCCUUCAAGAAGUUUAGUAAAGGGGUGGCUUUUUUCCCUCUCCACAUUGGUGACCAUGUCUUCAUAGAAGAGGACUGUGUUGUCAACGCAGCCCAGAUCGGCUCCUAUGUCCACAUAGGCAAGAACUGUGUCAUUGGUCGUAGAUGCGUUUUGAAAGACUGCUGCAAAAUCUUAGACAACACAGUACUACCUCCUGAAACAGUAGUCCCACCUUUCACAGUCUUCUCGGGCUGCCCAGGACUCUUCUCUGGGGAACUCCCGGAAUGUACCCAGGAACUCAUGAUGGACGUUACGAAGAGCUAUUAUCAGAAGUUCUUGCCGCUCACUCAGGUCUAGUAGCCUAUUUACCAUGUUUCAGAGCAGUUAAGGCACGCAGGAGUAUUCUGGGGGCGGGGAGGGGGAUAUUGUUCAGUGAGACCAGGGCACGGCCCUCCGCUGUUCCUGAGCGCUUCUGUGAGUGUUCCUCAACACUAAUGGUCUGGCCAAGCAGUCCCUCGUGAAAGCUGCUGUGUCAUGUUGUUUAAACUUUGUAUGCUCAUUUGAAUGUAACUCAUUCCAUGUUGUCUGCAUUGUGCGAUUAAAUGUUGUGGAGCUAGGAAAGCUGACAGAAUUCCCUUUAGGGCAGCGUCUCCUUGUUGCAGCUGGGGAGCAAGGCAAAGUUGACAGCACGUACUCUGCAGCCUAAGCCUGCCUUUUCACAUCAGUUCUGUUCCUCACCCAAAGCAAGAGGGUUUACGUUUGCUAGAAGCAAUCUCCAUCCCAGAACAGAAGUGCUGUGUGGCUGACGUGCGUGUUGUUGGGAGUUACUUACCAGGUUCGUUAGACUCAGUGCUUUCCUUUGGAAGAAUAUUUGCUGCUCUGUAGGCCUGCGUGUUGAGGUGGAUGGCCUCUUCCUUUUCUCCCUCUGGACUGAGAUUCCCUCCUAUAGGGACAGGAUAUCGUUCAUCAUCCUGGGAUUGGCUUUAGGACUUUUGGCUGACAUUGAAACCUGUCUUUCUAUGCCUUGCCUGACAGGACACUUCUUAGCUUUUAGCUCUUGAAGUAGACAUCCGUCCUGUGCUCUCACCCGUCACGCAGGGUCAGCAUUCUCGUGGCCGGUGCAUGUUCUACUUCCUGAACAUCGCAGACCUUUAAAGAGCCAAAGGGCUUUGGAAAGAGGAUUGCCAUGUCACUCACAGAAUUCAGUGCAGCAGAAAGUGGGUAAUCAAAAGCAGAAACUGGAGGUGGGUGAGAGAACGCUGCAAUUGUCCCCGUUUAUUACCCAGUAUGUAUAUUUGCAGAAAGCUCUUUGGUGCUUUUCUGCAUUAUAAAACUUAAGAAGGAGAUUCAGACUUCUUAGAAAGAGUGAACAUUUCAUUUUGGACGUGUAAUAGAGCAGGAAUAAUUCUUGCUGGGAGCAGCUCUGUGAAAGUUGGAGACAGCUGACACUUGUGUGUACCUGACUCGGUACCAGACAACCGGCUAAAAAUGAAUCUGCCUGCUCUGGUUGUGUUAUAUUAAAGCUUAGCAUCGUCCUCCUCUAGCUUUUAAAACCGGGGCCCCUGCAUGUUGUAGCGUAGCAGCUGGGGGCCAGGAUGCGUAUUAGUUACGUAGUAGGUGUAUGGCUGUGAGAUCAGCGGCCCUGGAGCCUUCAGCUGCUCUGUGUAACGCGAAGCACUGAUACACCUUACAGAGCAAACGGCUGUACAAGUACUGAAGUGUGUAGUAACUGCUGUUAAUCAAAUGUAACACCACUGACUGGUUUGUUUGUAUUUUUACUGUACAUAAAUUAAAGCCUCUUCAGUUGUUCAAGU